UGCAUUAGCUGGCUAGCUAGCUAAGUAAACGGUCAUCAGUAGUUACCUCAGCCACAAAGUCAGAAACCCCGCCUAUUUCUACAAUUUAUAUUCUUAAAAUGUGAUUUUAAACCCAACUUUAACCACACUGCUAACCCUGACCUUAAAUUAACACCAAAAAGCAACACAAAUAAUAAUCAUGAAUAUUAACGAUAUAGAACAAUAUGGACAUUGUGGGUGUGGUAACCGAAGUAAACUAGCUAGCAAGCAAAGUCAUCAGAUGUUUAGUUAAGACAACCGAUCCACAAACUAUUGAAUGUACGCAAUGUUCUUCUGAGAAAUAGACUUGUUUACAAGUCAAUCCAAUAGCUGCACAGAGUGGCGGGGAUGCUGAAUCAAAAUGGGAAACAUUUUCGCCAGAAAGAGACGCACGCGAGUCACAGAGCAGGACAGGGCAGUUUUGCAAUUGAAACAGCAGAGAGAUAAGUUAAAGCUGUAUCAGAAGAGAAUCACCCUGCAGCUGGAGAAGGAGAGGAAUCUAGCCAAGCAGCUGCUGAAAGAUGGCAAGAAAGAGAAGGCCCUCCUCUUGCUCAAGAAGAAGAGAUACCAAGACCAGCUCCUGGACAAGACAGAAAACCAGAUAAGCAACCUGGAGCGAAUGUGUCAAGACAUUGAGUUUGCCCAGAUUGAGAUGAAGGUCGUUGAAGGCCUUAAAGUUGGAAACGACUGCCUGAAGUCAUUGCAUGAGGCGAUGUCCAUCGAGGAUGUGGAGAGAAUUAUGGAUGAGACCCAAGAAGGCAUUGAAUACCAGAGGGAAAUAGAUGAGAUGCUGGCAGGUUCCCUGACACAGGAGGAUGAAGAUGCUGUACUGGCUGAACUGGAGGCCAUCACUCAGGGAGAGCUUGGCCUACCAGAGGUACCUGACGAGUCCCUGCCAGACGUCCCAGAGGCAGCUGAUGAAGAACCAGAGCCAGGUCAUGAGAGGGAGAGGCCAAGGAAGAAGCAGGAAAGAGGGAUGAUGGCUGUCUAGGGGCCUGUCUGUUUGCCAGGUGACUCUGUGGGUCUUGGUACGCCGGCCACUAUAUCCCCCUCAUAGGGGUCACAUGCCCCUCCCCUCCACACACACACACAAAACCACAACCACAGAAAGAUUAUCUUCACCAUCUCUUCCAGUCCCUCACCUCCAAGACUGAACUUCCUGGUGCCCUGCUAAGCCUUGGCCUUGUGAGCCCCAAUACUGCUUUACAAUCCUCUUGUGGAUUCAACCACCCCAUCACUCCAACUAUGGUCAUGGACUUUAUUUUUCACAUCAUUACCUGCAGGUUCUCUCCUAUUUUUUUUGUUCAUGUUUAGGGCCUAUUUAGACACAUAAUCAAGAAAUUAGUGGUUUGAUUUACAUAAUAUUGUGCCUAUUGCCUAAGUCCCAUGACGGGUAUGUUUUAAAAAAAAUCUUCUGUUAACGGACAAAUUAUGUAAUUAACAGACAAAUUAAUGCAUGUGUCUCUUUUCUUCUUUCUUUCUUUCUUUUCAACCUUUUGUGGCUCAGGCCUACUAUCUGACCACAGAGCACAUUCUCUUCGGGAGGAAUAGACAUGCAGACUGUCUUUCAAAAUCAUUACCGUUGGGAUGGUUUUCAGAAUCUUGCCUAGUCUUAGUUAAGAAUGUCUUGAUUGCUGCCCAACUGUCAAUAAUGGAUAUGACUUUGGCUUUGGUUUCAACUUGUUGAUUGGGGACCAAAAUCCUUACAAUAGUACUGACCUAUUUGCUAAAGCCUCCAUUUCAUGUAAAUUCUAUAUUCUUCCUCGCUGUGCAACAGUUUAACUAAUCUAAUGCGCCAGUAGUGUUGGCUUGGGAAUUAGCUCAGUGUCAUUGGGGGAAAGGGCUAAUUGUUUUGUCAGUGGGCUUACUAACUUAACUCUGUAUCCCAGACUAACACCAGACAACACUGAUGUUAUUGUCACAUGCCUAGAAAUGACUAUGAAUUAAGUCAAAAACAACCUGACAGAGCCUGAUGUCCUAGCUAUCUAUCCAGUGAGUAUUAUGGUAUCAUAUUGGGUAGGUUUCACUAUCAAGUGUGAUAUUGGGUUGUUAGCUAAAAUAUUUUACUGGCAUAUCAUGUUAUUGGGUUAUCAGUCUGGAUCUGUAAUAUAUUACUGGAAUAUCAUAUGAUACUGGGUUAUCUGUCUGCAUCUGUAAUAUAUUACUGGCAUAUCAUAUCAUGAUACUGGGUUGUUAUCUGUCCGGAUCUGUAAUAUAUUACUGGCAUAUCAUAUCAUGAUACUGGGUUAUCUGUCUGGAUCUGUAAUAUAUUACUGGCAUAUCAUAUCAUGAUACUGGGUUAUCUGUCUGGAUCUGUAAUAUAUUACUGGCAUAUCAUAUCAUGAUACUGGGUUAUCUGUCUGGAUCUGUAAUAUAUUACUGGCAUAUCAUAUCAUGAUACUGGGUUAUCUGUCUGGAUCUGUAAUAUAUUACUGGCAUGUCAUAUCAUGAUACUGGGUUAUCUGUCUGGAUCUGUAAUAUAUUACUGGCAUGUCAUAUCAUGAUACUGGGUUGUUAUCUGUCUGGAUCUGUAAUAUAUUACUGGCAUGUCAUAUCAUGAUACUGGGUUAUCUGUCUGGAUCUGUAAUAUAUUACUGGCAUGUCAUAUCAUGAUACUGGGUUAUCUGUCUAGAACUGUAAUAUCAUGAUAUUGUGUUCUAAUAUAUUACUGUCAUCUCGUAGAGCAUUAGCUAUUUAUCUGAAAUGGAGGGCCUACAUAUAAAAGAUAAGCACUUAUGUAUAGUGUAAAGUAUUACUGUAAGUCUCUCUGAGACAGUGACACUCUUGACAAUGACCGUGGAGACCAUUUUCCAGUUGUAUCAUAUUGACAGACCUGUGGCGUGUCUAUACGAAAUGUACCAUGUUGUUAUUCUGGAACAAUACAGUGUAUUUUUUUAAAGGUA